CACACGCGCGCACGCGCGCGCGCGUUCACACGAACACGUCUCUCACUCUUGCAUGCUCUCUCCCUCCCCGGCCCGCUGUCAGUGUCACUCUGUAGUGGAGAUGUGGAGCGUCCUUCUGUCCCUCUGUUUCUUUCUCCGACCCAAUUCAGCUGAGGAAGUGAUGCUGCUGGACACAACGGAGUCGACCACCGAACUGGGCUGGACCACCUACCCGGACACAGGGUGGGACGAAGUGAGCAUCCUGGACGACCGCGGGAGGCUCAUCCGGACGUUUGAGGUGUGCAACAUCAACCAGAAUUCUCGCACGAAGGACAACUGGUUGGCCACGCCCUUCCUGGUCCGCCACUCCGCCCCGCGGGUCUUUGUCACACUGCGCUUCUCCGUGCGGGACUGCGCCAGCCUGCGGAACCCGUCGCCCACCUGCCGGGAGACGCUCACCUUGUACUACAAGCAGGCCGACAGCCAGCGGGAACUGGAGAGGACUUGGGCACCUGAGCCUUCGAGCGGUGAGAAGGAGAGCAGGGAAGGCUGGGUGAAGAUCGAUACCAUCGCCGCCGAUAAGAGUUUUUCCAAGGUGGAGCCCAGUUCGCCACAUCAGUACCAACCCAACCGAUACAGCCGCAUCAACAUCAAGACACGCAGCUUCGCACCGCUUACACGCAAUGGAUUCGUCCUGGCCAUCGUGGACAGCGGCGCCUGCGUUUCCCUCAUGGGCGUGUCGGUCUUCUACCGCCGCUGUCCCGCCACCAGCCUCUACUUGGCGUCCUACCCGGCCACCCCCUCCGGUGCGGAGCCCACGGCUCUGGUGCCCGUGGCCGGCGCGUGCGUGGCCCACAGCCAGGCCCAAGUGGGCAGCGGGCCUCGCAUGCACUGCAACGCCGAGGGCGAGUGGAUGGUGCCGGUCGGAGGCUGCGUCUGCGACGAGGGCUAUGAAGCCAACCUGAAUGGAUCUGCCUGCUUGGCCUGCCCCGUGGGCUACUUCAAGCCCGCUUCAGGCUCCGCCCCCUGCUCGGUGUGCCCGGCCAACAGCCGCACCAGCCGAGAGGGCUCCAGCGUGUGCGAAUGUCGCAGCAGCUUUUACCGGGCGCCCGCCGAUGCCAACUCAUCUGCCUGCACAACUCCUCCCUCCGCUCCGGUGUCGUUGUCUUGGGAGUACGAAAGCGGCGACGGCGGGGUGUCUCUACGCUGGCGCCCUCCGGUGGACAUGGGAGGCCGCAGCGAAGUGUGGUACGGCGUGGUGUGUCGCAUCUGCCCCUCGCCCGCCAUCGCCAACCCGGCCGCGUGCUCCUGGUGCGGCGAGGGCGUCGCCUUCAGUCCCGUCCAGACCAACCUCAAACAAACCAGCGUGACCCUCGGCAACCUGCUCACCAGAGUCACGUAUCUCAUACAGGUGCAAGCCUUGAAUGAAGUGUCUGCGCUGAGCCCUUUCCCAGCUCGUUACGCAAGCAUCAAUUUUACCACCAGCCAGUCAGUUCCCAGUACGGUUCCCAUGAUGCACCAGCUGAGCCGUGCCCCGGACUCCAUCACGUUGUCGUGGCCGCAGCCCGACAGACCCAACGGGGACAUCCUGGAGUACCAGCUCAGAUAUUUUGAUAAGGUACCAGCAGAGGUGGCGCUUAGUUUGUGA